CGCUUCCACUUUACGUGAUGACGUCGCGUCGUAGGCUCGGCUAUGAUGGCAGCCGUAGGUUGACAUCAGUACGAUACUGAAUAUAAACUAUUUAAAAGUUAGCGGAAAACCCACCAACACGAUAACGUAGAAUAAACUAACAUUUCCCCGAUAGCACGCGCUUCGAACACACGCCCGCCCGGGUUGGGGAAAGUGGCACUAUGCCCGCAGCUACUGUGGAUCACAGCCAAAGAAUAUGUGAGGUUUGGGCCAACAACCUGGAGGAGGAGCUGAAAAGGAUCCGACAUGUCAUCCGAAAGUACAACUACAUUGCCAUGGACACAGAGUUUCCGGGUGUUGUAGCCAGACCCAUCGGAGAGUUCAGGAGCAACGCCGACUAUCAGUACCAGUUACUGCGCUGCAACGUGGAUUUGCUCAAGAUAAUACAGCUGGGCCUGACGUUUAUGAAUGAACAGGGGGAGUAUCCCCCGGGAACGUCAACGUGGCAGUUCAAUUUCAAGUUCAACCUCACAGAAGAUAUGUAUGCACAGGACUCCAUUGAGCUCCUGACCACUUCAGGGAUUCAGUUCAAGAAGCACGAGGACGAAGGCAUUGAGACACUUUACUUUGCAGAGCUGCUGAUGACGUCGGGAGUGGUGCUGUGCGAUGGCGUCAAGUGGCUGUCUUUUCACAGUGGCUAUGACUUCGGAUACCUGAUCAAGAUUCUGUCUAACGCCAACCUGCCCGAGGAGGAGGUGGACUUCUUUGAGAUUCUCCGCUUGUACUUCCCAGUCAUUUAUGAUGUCAAAUACCUCAUGAAGAGCUGUAAAAACCUGAAGGGUGGGCUGCAGGAAGUAGCCGAGCAGCUGGAGCUGGAGAGGAUUGGACCACAGCACCAGGCUGGCUCUGACUCUUUACUCACGGGAAUGGCUUUCUUUAAGAUGAGAGAGAUGUUCUUCGAGGAUCAUAUCGAUGAUGCAAAGUACUGUGGUCACUUGUACGGGCUCGGCUCGGGCUCCGCCUACGUCCAGAACGGAACAGGAAACGCUUACGAGGAGGAGGCUAACAAGCAGCAGUCUUGACGUCGCCCUGAAAACUCUCCCAUCUCGCUGCUCACAUCCACACUCAGUUGAAGCCAAGCUCCGACGACCGGAUGACGAUAAUAAUGGAAGAGAGAAGAAAAAAAAAACAAACAACAACAACAUACAUAUGCAUCGUUUAGCAAGGUGUUUCUCAUAGGCUCUGCUCACCUUAGACAACAAUCACAGCUGUCCUCACACAUGCCGCAGCUGCAUGUGUGUGAGUUUAGUCUUUUAUUCCUGUGAGGAAGCACUGACGGUGUGAUUGGUUCGGUUAAACUUAACACGCUUGAAAAGAUGGGAUUUUAGUUUUCCUCAAGUGUUCUGUAGAAAUGUUUUGCACUUUAAAAAGCUCUCACCUGAUUUUAUAUGGAAAGCUGAAGAUGUUUCUGGUGUCUCUCUCCUCUUUGUUGCCUUCUCUGCGUUCUCAUUUUACAUUGUGAACAUAUAGGUCUUUUCUAUCACUCACCACGCCCAGCCUUAAUAUUACCUCCAUUCUUUUUAAACUUUUAAUUUAUUGUGGCCCUCGUGUGCUCGCUCCUGGGUUUUCUGUCUGAUAAUGAGAACGGGAGCUCUCAUUGAGUGUGUUUACGUGCACUUGAAUCUUUUCCUUUGUUGUUUUUUUUUUGUUUUUUUUCGCCCCCCAUUUGUUGCUAUAAAGAUAAAGUUCAUAAAGAAGCUCCAGUCCCACUGUGAGAAACCUUCAUCGAACUGAUGCACUCUGAUUUUGUGAACUUUUCUUUUUCCUGUCAGUUGCCGUUAGAUUUCAUGAUGAUCCUGAGAAUAGUCCAGCGCAUACACGAGUGGUUUUUCAGUGGAGGAAUGUUGUUUUUGCAUGUAAACACCCUCACUGACUCAAGCACACGUCACAUGAACAAACACACAUUUACCCAAACUGUUAAAAAGGAUUCAGAUAGAUCUGCCAACUGUAGCACACACAGUAGCUGAGGUUACUACUCUGAUGAGAUUAAUAGAUUAAUUUUUAAUUGACAUUAAGGUUUUGUAGAGUUUUAGUGUGGUAAUAAAAAGCAGAAGAUACUUUUACUGGAAAAAAAAACAACUUUGAUUUUAGUUUGCAUUGUUUUUUUCUUUUUUUUUUCGGUUCAUUUCACUCGUAGUUCUGGCCUUCGAAUGAAACUUCUGUGCUUUUAUUCUGCUUUCCAGUUUCCUGCGUAGAACGGCCGCAUGCACUAAAACAUUUCAAUUAAUGCUCUGUGGUUUGAAUAGUAUCCCGAACAUAGGUGUGUGUGUGUGUGUGUGUGUGUGUGUGUCGAAGUGUAGGUCCGCAACUUAUUAGCCUCCCCCGGCUUCAGAAACCGACACCUUUCGUUUUGUUUAGUUUUUAUUCCUGUGUUCUGCAGCACUUUGUUUCUCCACACUGUAAAUGAGUUUAAAAAAAGAAAGAAAAAAAAAGAUUAUGCAAUAUAAAAGAGGAAUGUUUUUAGAUUAUUUUGUAAAUAAAGGCUUGGAAUUUUUCUACCGUGAAAAAAAGGCCCCGUGCGUCUCUUAAUGACCAUGAAUCUCGCGGGUAAAGAACUUGAGCGAGACUGAAGAUGAGCUCAUUUUAUUCUUAUAAGGCAUCACAACUGUACAUUACACCGCCUCGCACAUCCACGUCGUCUCAAGUCAAACGGACAGAAGGAUAGAAAAAUAUAGAUUGACGUGACUCACCGUUGAAGCUUGUUUCCGACAAGCGUACAUUCUUUUUUCGUUUUGAUUCUCAGAAAUAGACUGUACAAAGCAGCUGGAGCAGAUGUUUGUCUUUUUGUUGUUCUUUGCUCUGCAGUGGAUCCACAACAUUAGAUUUUGAUAGAAAACCCACUCAGUGGCGAGCACAUCUGCAGCAGCAUCGUUUUUUUUUUUUGUGUGUGUAUGUGUGCGUUUUUGUAUUUUUUUUUUUUCUUCUUCUGGCUGCCCUCCAGAGAUCAACAGUCAGGAAGCUUCAGGCCAGGAGUCUGACGAGCACUCAAGGCCACCGGACAGCGCUUCACGUAUUUAGCAGUCGCAGUACAGAGCACCAACAACAACUUUUUUAGGUGUUUCAGUGUAGCAGCAACAUCCUCAACUCAUGCUGCAAAAAGUCAGAAGAGCCCUUGUUGAAAUGUAACUUCUAACAACUACACAUUUUCUUCUUCUUUUUUUUUUUUUUUCCUCAUUCCAAGCAAACAUCGUACAAUUCACUA